AUGGAAAAAAUCGAGUAUCGAGCUGUCAUUAAAUAUUUGUUUUUGAAAGGCAAUACGCCUACGCAAAUCAAAGACGAGUUGGACGCUGUGUACGGGGACUCUGCACCAUCAUUUACUACCGUGAAAUUUUGGGCUGCUGAAUUUAAACGUGGCCAUACCAGCUUGGGUGACGAUGAACGUUCGGGACGUCCAAAAACUGCAACCACUGACGAUAAUAUCGCUCAAGUUCACCAAAUGGUGCUAGACAACCGUCGAAUUAAAGUUAGAGAGAUAGCAGAGGCUAUGAACAUGUUCAAAGAACGUGUUUGUCACUUAUUGAAUCAAGAUUUAGGCAUGAGAAAGCUGUCCGCGCGUUGGGUGCCGCGUUUGCUCACUUUGGACCAAAAACGUGUUCGAAUGAACAUUUCCAACGCUCUGUUGCCGCAGUUUAGGCGCAAUAAAUCAGAGUUUUGGCGCCGAUUAAUUACUGUAGAUGAAACUUGGAUACACCAUUAUACUCCAGAAACAAAAACACAGUCAAAACAGUGGAUUGCGAAGGGGGAAUCGGCUCCAAAAAAAGCAAAGGUUGUUCCUUCGGCUGGGAAAGUGAUGGCAACUGUUUUCUGGAAUAGUUAUGGAGUUAUCUUAAUCGAUUAUCUUCAAAAAGGAAAAACCAUUACAGGAGCAUACUACGCAUCAGUACUUGACAAGCUGAAGGCAGAAAUUGCGGAAAAACGGCCACAUUUGCAGAAAAAAUAA